CCUUCGUCCCGGUCUUCGUCACUUCUUCUGCUCUCCUCCUCCUCCUCCUCCUCCUCCUUCUCUACAAUGCCGGCUCCCCCGGCGCAGUCGUCGCUCCGGGUGGACGUCGUCUUCUCUGACCCCGUCUACUUCGCCGGCGAGGACCUCGUCUGCCGCAUCACCUUCCGCAACCUCGCCCCGGGCCCCCAGCUCCAUCACUCCUCCGCCUCAGACCUCCAGCGCACGACCUCCGCUUCCCGGCUGCGCAAGUCCUCCAGAGCCUCUUCCGUCUCUGAUGCUGAUCGUCCGCCGACCUCACCGGCAUCUACGCCGCCACCGCCGCAGCCGUCGCUCUCCGCCGCGCCCUCGACUCCUCGCACGCCCUCCUCCUCCUCCUUCGGCCCACCCCUCGCCCCCUCCUCCCCUUCCUCCUCCUUCUCCUCAUCCACCACCACCUCGCCCUUAGUCGUCCAGACCGCCUCGCAGAACGGCUCCUUUCCGAGCCCGUCCCCCGUCCACGCCUCGCCGCACGGCAUGCUCCACUCGCGUAGAUCGUCGAUGCGCGUGCCCAAAACACGCGGCGGCGAGACCCUCAUGAUGGGCUACGCGCAGCUCUCCGGCCAGUUCACGAUCGACGAGAGUCUAGUUGAGACUUCUGUUUUCAACGAGGCAAAGAAACUCGGCAUCGUCGGCGGGAAAAUGGGCGGCGGCGUCGUCGGCCUCGGCGCUGAGAAGUCUGAUAGCGGGAUUUGGGGCCAGCUUGGCUUUGGCAUCACCAACGGUCUCAGCAGUCUUUUGAACGGCAACGAAGUCAGCUCCAUUGCUGAGAUGAAGUCAAUAGCCAGCUCGAACGUGAUUUCAAUCAUCUCAACCCCUCAAUCACUACUCUUUGUCGACCUGCGACUGAGUCCAGGCGAAUCAAAGUCCUACAGCUACCGAUUCACACUCCCCAAAACACUCCCGCCAUCAUACCGCGGCAAAGCGCUCAAGAUCAGCUACAAUCUCACGAUCGGCACCCAGCGCGUCGGCAAAGGGUUCCAGGCUCCCAAGACCACAAAGUUCCCGUUCCGGGUAUUCCAAAACAUCGACGCCGGCGGCCAUCAACCUGUACACUCGCUCACCUCGCCGAUCGUCAUUCUUCGCGACGAGGCGAAAACAGAGGUCAUAGACGACGGGCCAGAGCUGAAUCGCGCGAGCAGCGUCAGCAGUCUGAGCGGGCUCACAUCCAACAGCGAGAGCAAGCGGCUGGCACGCGACAAUCCGCAGUCAGAAAAUAAGGAGACGUUGGAAGAUUUCAUGGCCUACGUCGACGGACUUUUAUCAUACAAAAGCAGCAUCGCGGUCGCGAUCCAUCACAUCCGGCCCCCGUCGCCUUCCUCACCGCCCGAGUUCCCGCUCUCGUCAAGCGUGACGAGCGCGCGCUCGUCGUGUCGCGAGUCGGUCGAUCUCGCCAUACAACGCAAUAGUAUAUCCGCCGACGGAAUCGUGCUCAACAACAUGUACGAGAUUGCGCGCAACAAGCAGAAAAUUGCGUCGCUCGUGCUCUCGAAACCCGUGUACAAACUCGGCGAGACCGUGGUCAUGAUUCUGGACUUUGCGGGCGCGGUCUUGCCUUGCUACCAUGUUAUCGCGAGUUUGGAAACGACGGAGAUCAUCGACAACUCGAUAGCGCAGCGGUCGUCGCAGUUUAACGAGCGCGCCACGCGCAAAGUAUACGUGCAAAGCUCAUUCUCAACAAUCUCAUCCCAGCGCGCGUCGUUCUCGUUCUGCAUCCCGACGACCGCGACGCCGCAGUUUGAUACUUCGUACAUUUCAUCGCGAUGGAGCAUUCGAAUCGAGUUCGUCACCAGCCCGAUCGAGAUGCCGGCGAAUCUGCUACCCGCGAUCGACCUCGACGAGGAAACAGAUCGCAGCUCGGCGCCGCAGUCGCGGUCGGGAUCGCAGGGAACGAUAGAUAUUCCCGAACCGGCGCAGACGCCGCCUUCGGCGCAGACGUUCAGGAAUGGACAGCCACAUACGCCAUCGACGCCGAUUCACGAGCGCACGUCGUCACUGAACGCGACGGCGUCGCCGGCGCCGGGGAACGGCACGCGCGCGAGGGCGGACAGUCAGCAGCUGCAGGCUGUUUUGCAAGUCAGCAGGACGCUUGCCAAGACGACGUUGAGUGAUGACGAUUUGUCGGUGACGGAUGACGAGGAUGUUGAGGAUGAUGACGAGCACGACGAUGAGAAAGCAGAUGUGUUUCAUGGUCUUUCGGUCGCGCGAGCGCAGCGCCGUCCGUCGGCAACGAAUACCCCGCCAUCCUACGCGGCGACGAAAAGUCAUCGUCCGGAAAUACUGCGAGUGACGCAUAAGGAUGAGCGAGGGGUAAUGUAUUCGCUCGUGGACGAUCUGCUGUCCGAGACGUUUGAGUGCCGGAUCCCGAUCAAGGUGUUUCCGACCAACCAAGAUAUUGCGGCGAUGUCGUUUCAUAUCCAGCCCAGUGGCGGGUACGCUGUUUAGGAGUCUUUAUGCCGAGAGAUGAUUGUCGCAAAAGAAACGACGAACGAUUGCAUGUACAGUUUUUUUUUUUUGAUGUUUGUUUAUCCGUCUCUGUUUGUAGGAGUUUUCUUUUUGUUUGUUAAUCACAUUUUUGUAAAAUCGUUUGUCGUUCCAGUUGCUUGUAUAUUUGAAUUCCUGUUCAGCAAGGUCUAUGCAGACGAGGAAAGAAAAGGAAAGCAACCUUCAUGAUGCAUCACUGCUUUCUUUUCCGUUUUGUCUCAUCCUCUUGGUUUGCAUGCAUGCGCUUUUUUACUCUUGAUGAUUGGGUUGUCCUUAUUUAUUCUUCGUUGUAAAUAUACAGUCAU